CAGCAAUGUGCUCGCCUCCUUGUGGUCAUGGAGGAACCUGCAUGCGACACAACAUGUGCCAAUGUCCAACUGGAUGGGCUGGUCCUGGCUGUCAGACAGGUAGGUAUUCUAUCUAUAUAACACUCACCUGAGAGGGCAGAACCUGCCUACCAGACACUUAGAUAUUCUAUGUAUAUAGGGACCUACCUGGGAGGGCAGGCUGUCGGACCUACCUGGGAGAAUGGCUGUCAGACAGAGAUAUUCUAUGUAUAUAGGGACCUACUGUCACAGCACAGCCUGAGCCCUGCAGACAGCAAGGUGUGGCUGCCCCUUUAAGAGACCUGGCUAGGUUUGAACUCAGUGCUCCAGUCAGGUUCUCUGCCAUGACAUCCACCAGGGGGCUUCAGUUUCAUUUUGCAUUUUUCUGCAAACUGACCCCUUGCCUGGAUUAAGCAGCACUGAACCACCUGCAACUCUUUUCCAAUUUGGGUCAGCUGCAUCUAAUUAGCAGGCUGUAAAAAUCAGCCCUGCCUGAAAGCUAGUAUCUGGUAAUUUUGCCUGUUUGGUUUUUCCUGUCGGAUCCCUGCCACUCUGCUGACUGAUUUCCUGGACUCUGGCCUGCUUUACCGACUACGUUACUCCGCUGCCAGCCCUGAAUUCUGCUUCUCGUCUGACCCUGCCUUUGGAUUUCCCCUUAAUCUGUGCUUCUGGUUUUUGCCUCCUUCCUGUGCCAUCUCCUGCAACUGGGCUCCAACUCCUGGUAAACCGUUACAUAAGUACCCAGGUGACUGUUACACCUACCUGGGAGGGCAGUACAUGGCUGUCAGACAGACAUAUUCUAUGUAUAAAGGGACCUACCUGGGAGGGCAGAACCUGGCUGUCAGAACUUAUUGAGAUAAACCCUGGAGCCUGGAUAUUAUAAUAGAUUAAUGUAUUGCCAGGUUCCCAGAGGGAAUGGAAUAAAUACUUGUGUAUUAGGGAGGAUAGGUAUUGCCAGGUUCCCAGAGGGAAUAGAAUGGCUGCUCCUUUUACGAAUGCCCAAUUUAGUAGACAUGCAGGUUAUUCACUAAAGUGAGAACACAAAACCUGGCAACACAUUAAUGUGUUGAAAUCACAGAUUUCGAUAACGGUGACAUUGACGGGCUUCUCAUUUUAGCUGUAAUUUCUAUACAUUAAUCCACAGGAUUGUUUCUAUUUACCAUUUUCCCCCCAAAUGUCCAUGUCCUUCUCACCUCCACCGAGCGUACAUCGCAUAUGAUGUAAUGACUUUGGUUUUUCUCUUUAGCGGUGUGUGAGCUGCCCUGCACCAAUGGGGGGCGUUGUGUUGCUCCUGACACGUGUCAGUGCCCGUCCGGAUACAGCGGAGGACAGUGUUUGAUUCGUAAGUCUCUCUCAAUGGCAGACCUGCUUUAUCAGUAUUAACCACACUCACAAACUGGGCUUUUGGUGUAGGAUGACUUUAUCAAUCGUCAGAGGGCUAUUUCAAGAUUCAUUAUCACUCUAGCCCUCAGUACUUGUUAGGAAGUAAUCUGAUGCCAUUCCUUGGUAACGGGGCAAACCAUUUUACAACAGUUUGCAUUGUUACCUGGGUCCCCAUCGAGUGCCAGAGCUUCUCUGUAGGCAGCUGCUGUCAUUAAUAUAGUAGCGGUGGGGGGUUCACCCCGAGCAGCCCUGUUUUUGGCCCCUUUGUAUCAUGUGAAAUGUGCUGGGACAUUUUUUCAGUUGGGCUGCAGUAUCCAUGCUGGCAUUGCCUUGAGGAAAUCAGGGGCCCAUGGACCUUAAAUAAUGCACUGCACCGGGCCCCUGUCACUUUGGGAGUUCCCCCAUGGCCUACUGGCAGGAAGUGAGUUCAGGUCACUUCCUCCCAGCAAACUGGGCACCACAUGGGGAGGAAAGGAGGAGGAGAGGGACUGAGGAAGCCUGGAGUCUCAGACUCCCAUCAGCCUAGGUGAGCCAGCUCUCACUGGACGCCAGGGAAGCCACCCUUCUGUGCCCAAAAAGUUAGGAAACAGGAAGGUGGUAAAAUAUGUAAAUUUUGUGUGUAUGUGUACUUGUGUGUCUGUUUGUUCACCUGUGUGUCUGUAUGUACCCAUGUUUGUGUGUGUGUGUGUACCUAUGUCAGUGUCCCUGUAGGACAGUGUGUGUGUGCAUAUUUGUGUAUUUGUCGUGGCUGGCACUACCAUAAGGAGACAUGGGCGCUCGCCUUUAGAGUGCACCGGCUGAGGGGCACAAUAUCUAAGUGACUGGAUGGAGGGGAGGGCACAAGACUCUUCUCCUGCCGGUCAAUUAAUGAAGUGUGGCUGAACUCCGCCUGCACCUCCGUCCACCUACCGGCUCUGUAGUAUGCCGCAGGCUGUUUGGAGGGGUCGGAGAUCUAAAUCACGUCAUAUCCCUGCUCUCUGUGUUCCGCACAAGGCGGUGGUGCCUUAGUGACGAGGCUAGGCUGAGAGGGUCGGCAAACUCAGGAACAGCCAUGGGCUCAGGAUUGUAACUCUAACUAAUUUCAGGCAUACCAGGAAGGCAUGUAUUAGAUUAAGGCCCCAAGACGUCAUUUAGAUGAUUAGCAGGAUAUCAUGGCAGGGAUGAUGUCACCAUCCAUGCAUUACUGGACUCUGUACAUGAAAAUAUCAGGCAGAUCAUGUGAUGUAUGUAUUUUGAAUACUAUAGUAAAUAAAGUAAAUGUCUAUUAUCCCUAGCUGUCUGCUCUCCGUCCUGUCUGAAUGGAGGAAAAUGCAUUGAUGUCAAUAAGUGUGUGUGCCCCAGUGGGUGGAUGGGGGCCCGUUGCCAGAUCGGUAAGAACCAAUGGACUGUAUCUUGCAUUGUUACCUGCGUAUGUGUUCUCACGCUGUUUAUUUUUCCAGAACCGGUACGCUGUGAGAAGAAAUGUGAAAAUGGGGGGAAAUGCAUGGGGUACAACACCUGCCGCUGCCCACUUGGGUUUCUGGGGACACAGUGUGAGACUGGUGAGAGAAUUCGAGAAGCAAUAUAAACUGGACUCUUCUUUACUGCUUUAUAAAACCCCAAACCAGCUAACAAUGAAUAGCAGCAGGGAACAAAAACAGUCUCAGAACACGCCUGGCACCAUAACCACUACUGCCCGCCUGGAGUGUUCCUUUAAUGUAAUAGCUCAAUCAAUUUUCCUUUCCUCUAGCGGUGAUUGACCCUUGUGUCCCCCCAUGUCAGCAUGGGGCCACAUGCCAGCAGUUCAACAAAUGUGCCUGCGCAGAAGGCACCGCCGGACAUAGAUGUGAAAAACUGUGAGUAAUGGCAAGGAUUAUGGGAUACCAGUAUAGGAAGCUGUGAGUAAUGGCGGCAUGAGUGUGAAGGAUUAUGGGAUGUCUGUAUAGGAAGCUGUGAGCAAUGGUGGCAUGAGUGUGAAGUGAAAACAGGGAGUCAUAGGAGUUGUAAUUUAUAAAGUGUGUCAGUUUAAGUUUUCCUCUUCCAGGACUUGUCCUAUUGUUACCACAAAGGUGAGCACAUCGCGGGCUAUCAGACAGGGGGUGCGAGAAAGCUACGUAGAACGAUGCGGCCCCCUAGGCGUCCAACUGUGCACCAAAUAUCGGUACGUAAUUGGAAACUGUGAACGAGUCACACUUCACUCAUUCAGUUACAGUGAAAUCUAGUACCAGGGUGUUAUGGUAACAUUGUUACAUUGUAACAUAACGCAGUAACAUAGUUACACAGCAAUCUAAUAUUGUAGUUACAGUGAAAUCUAGUAUCAUGGUGUUAUGGUAACAUUGUUACAUUGUAACAUAGUAUCACAGCAAUUUAUUAUUGUAGUUACAGUGAAAUCUAAUACCAUGGUGUUAUGGUAACAUUGUUACAUUGUAACAUAAUAACGCAGUAACAUAGUUACACAGCAAUCUAAUAUUGUAGUUACAGUGAAAUCUAGUAUCAUGGUGUUAUGGUAACAUUGUUACAUUGUAACAUAGUAUCACAGCAAUUUAUUAUUGUAGUUACAGUGAAAUCUAGUAUCAUGGUAAGAUUGUUACAUUGCUACAUAGUAACAUAAUUACAGAGCAAUAUUAUAUUGUAGUUAGAUACAAAUACAGUAACCUUUUUAGAUAGCAAUUUAUUAACCUAUUCCUGUGUCUUGCAAUCCUAUCGUACUAUUCCAGAAAAGAGAGGAUCCUGGAAGGAUACAAAUAUUGCUGAUAAUCUAAAGCCUUUCAAAUUAUUUCAUAUUUCUGAAUAAACUUUAAAAUUAUUUAAUAUUUAGAACAAUAUUUUAAUAAUAAUGUUGAUACUUGUUUUUUUUUAUCUAUGGUUUUUAAAAAUAUUUAAUAUUUUGAGAAUCUUUUUAAACAUUUAUCCAAAACAAUAUAAAAUUGAGGCAAUAUUCAGGAAACUUAUUUAAAUCUUUUGGAGUUGAUAUUGGUCUCUGUGGCACUUUUGCUUUUCUAAUUUAACCUCUCUAACGGCUAUUCUGCAAAUUCUGUUGGCAUUUUUAUAUUUAAUAAAUUAUACCUGUGAGUGACCCAUCUGACUUACAUUUAUUAGUUUAGUUUUUUUGUUGCCAAAUUUUUACACUUUUUUUUUUAUUUUUUUUUUAUUAUAUUGGUUUCUCAUUAAACUCCUUUCUGUUAUAUCUAUAGCUUUGUAUUUAGUAUAUGUAGACCUUGGUGUAAGUUGAUAGGUGUUUUAUAACAAUAAUUUAAUUUAAAUAAAAUCCACUUAUCUUGCUGAUUUUUUUUUUUUUUGUAUGGUGGAACUCACAAAGCAUUUUUAAAACAUUUAAUCCAUUGAAUGCACAUCUGACCAUAUGAUCCAUGUUUUCUAAACAUGGUGUCUUAUUUUAGAAUUAAUCAGGUGCGCGUUCACGUCCAGGUCUAUGUAGUUGGCUACAAAAUCCAAUGCCCAAGCAGAACCAAAGUGUGAGGGGUGGAGUUACAACCGACUUCAGAAUUUCUUGAUGUAACACACGUUCCGGCAACCAGCAAAAUCUUCCCCAAAUAACACCAAUCGUGGCCGAUGGUCUCUUCACCAAUAUAUCGGCAUAUUUAUAUGUGUAAUAAAUCGAUUCCUUCUCCCGUUAAUUCGAUUGUCUAAAAAAAAUAAAGAAUAUAAUUCUAUAAAGUGUAAUAAUUCAUGAAUGUAAUUUGAGACUAAUAUUUCUGUGCUUGUUGAUGUAAUAAAUCUGCUUUUUACUUAA